AUGGGCUCAGGAGACCUAUUUUUCCUGCUUGAGACGAACGAUGACCGACAGAGCCUGACUCGAGGGCUGCGUCCGCACUGCAUUCGCGAAAUGGACAAACAGCUACCUCCAUCGUCUUCUCGUGAGCUCGGCCGCCGACUCGCUCUUGCUUUGCGAAACGAAACCCCCAGCCCGUCAGACAGUUUCGCGCCAUCCCUUCAACCCAGUCGUCCCUGCCGGCAUGCCACCAUCCACCUCUCCGUGCUUUUUGGUCUACCCACCUCACCAAGAUUGGCGCUAGGGAAAUAUUGA